AUGUUUCGAAACACUGUUCUCGCUCUUCUUGUCGCCGCUGAGGCAAGUCAAGCUGCCUUUACACUGAGGAAGACAUAUGACUCCAGCAACUUUCUAGACUCGUUCAACUUCAGAGACCGUGCUUAUUUUGAUUCUAUUGACCCUGGGUAUGAGGGCGACCCUACUGGUGGCUCCGUCAAUUACCUAAGCAGAAGCCAAGCAGUGAGCUCAGGCAUUGUGCAUACCAAUAAUGGCAAGGUUCACCUUGGUGUGAACUCUGCCGACAAAGCAGCGCUCCUGACACCCGGUGGUUCUAGACAUGGGCGAGGUAGCGUCCGUCUUGAAUCAAAGGAGUCCUAUAGCUCCGGCCUUCUAAUUGCCGAUAUUGAACAUAUGCCUGGAACUGCAUGUGGUAUCUGGCCUGCCUACUGGUCUUAUAAUUUUGAUGAGGACCCUGUUGGUGAGAUCGAUAUUAUCGAGGGCAUCAACGGCAACCAGAACGGCAACUAUGUUUCUCUGCACACUUGUGGAGCGUGCAUCUUUAACCGUCCUGGAGGUGCUGAUCCUCGAAACAACUGCGAUAAGGGCGGCUCUGAUACUCGAUACUGCACAGACGGAACGAACUAUUCUGGAUGCGGCAAUACUAUGCCUUCCGGUUCCUACGGGAAGACCUUCAAUGCUAACAAGGGUGGCAUUUAUGCCACAUGGCUAACAACGGGAGCUGUUAAGAUUUGGUGGUUCCCUCGCAGUAACAUUCCUGCUGAUAUUAAGAAUGGGAAUCCUGAGCCUAAUACCUGGGGUCAGCCUGCUACAGCGCAGUUUGUCAAUGCUAACGGCAACUGUGAUGUUGGAAAGUACUUCAAGAAGCAGACUAUUAUCUUCAAUACUGCUUUCUGCGGAAGCAACAUCGAUCAGGGUAUCUGGAACCAGGAGUGUAGAGCUUCUACCGGUCAUGCCACCUGCGACGAUUAUGUCACCAACCAGCCUAGUGCUUUCAAGGAAGCAUACUGGACUAUUAACUCUCUGAAGUUGUACCAGUAA